AUGUUUUCCCCCAAGAGCAACACUAGCAAGCGCAGCAGCUGGUUCGGCGGUGCCUUCAAGAAGGGCCACCGCAGCUCCAGCUCUCGCGACUCCGUCUCCUCCUUCGCCAGCUUCACCUCAAAAAGGACCAGCCGCAGCUCCUCCCUCUCCUCGCUCUUCUCCAACGGCGCCCCCGAGGAGCAGGAGCGCCUCAUGGUCGACGAGCCCGUCAAGAAGACGCCCUACGUCCCGAGGCACGCCGCCAAGUCUUACAUCAAGACGACGACGAACCACGAGAUCCGCGUCAACAGCGAGAUCUUGUAG